AAUGUAAAAUGGCUGCCGUAUUUUGACAAAGUUAUCAUCUCCUUCACCUUGUUUGGUCAUGGUUGUUUGUCAAUAUUUCUUAAAGGGCGAUUGCCGAUUUGGAGAUAGUUGCCGUAAUGAACAUACUGCAGAAAAACGGAAAACAGUUUGCCAGCAUUUUUUGAAUGGUUAUUGUCGGUUUGGUGACAAAUGCAGGAAUGAACAUCCUUCUGGAAGAGCAAAUACUGGAUUCGGUCAACAGAAUUCAGGAUUCAGUGGAAGAAGUGGGCAAUGGGGCAAAUCUUAUCCAUCUAACCAGAGAAGAACCAUACAAACUGAAUUGGCGAUAUGGGAAAAGAGUAAACAAUGGCCUUUGUCUUGUUUCACUUACACAAAGGAAGAACCAUGCUUACCAGGUUUGCUGGACUUCUCUCCAGAAGAAAUUCGCCUUGAGGCAUACAAUGCAAAUGCUGAAGGGAAGGCUGAUAGAUAUCAACAAGGACUGAAAACUCUUAUCACUGCUAAUCAACAAAAGCGGCAGCAGUUAGGACGCAUGUCAGUCUCACAGAUUCAAGAAGAGAUAAAGAAGCAGCGCAGCCAUAAGGCAGCAGAGUCAAUGGAAGCAGGAUCAUCAAUGCUACAGACACAACCAGGGAUAGGUUUUAAUGGACAUUGUUCAUUUGGUCAGAUGAGUAGUUUUGCAACUAGUGGCCCUGUUUUUCAGUCGACUGGCUUCUCAUCUCCAGCAGCUACAUUGAACCAACAAAGUAACUUAAUCAGCACAAGUAAUUCUAUCGAUCAAGUAAGCCUGUUUGGACAGAGCAAUGUCCCAGCGAGGACUGGAAAUGUUUUUUAGAAUACUUUAAGUGCCAGCAAUCAGCAAACUGGAAUGACCAGUUUUCCUUUAACUAGCCAAUCCGCGACUAUGUUUAGUACAAACUAAAACCAAUCAGCCACUUCAAAUACUGGCUUCUUUGGAGUAAAAACUGAAUCAAAACCUGGAGUGUUUGGUUCUAUACCUUUACAGACAGUGACUGGGGUUUUUCUGAGUGAAUCCCAAGUACAGAAAGACAAUGGAUCAAGCAGCUCAAUGAGAUCUACUCCAGAAGCCACCUCAUCAAUGGAACAGUCAACACCUGUACCUUUGACUUGUAGUGAAGAAGAUAUGCAGGCCUUCAGGGCGGACAGUUUUGUGCUUGGAAAGAUACCUGAGUGUCCACCAAUAUUAGAAUUUUGUUAACAGCUUUGAUCCUUGAAAGGCUGAGAGAGUCUUGGCAGCGAAUAUCUUGUAAAAUUUAACUUGAAUUCUUCAUUUCUUCAUUUUCUAUUCCUGUCAAUUCGGCUUCACCUUCCUAAACCGUCGUUGUUCGCUAUUUUUCUACUCCGGACUUUAUUGUUAUGUUGGGUCUCAGUGACGGUAAAACUAGCUGCAGACCUCAACACCCUUUUACGAAAGGCACCAAGGACUCUCGGUCUGUCUUUUCUCGGUGAAGGGGAUAAGUUUCUAAGGAAACUGUA